AUGCCUCUCGAGUCAAAUGCCGACAAGGCAUACAUGCACGACUUGCCAAAAGUGUCUUUCAGGGUGAUCACAGAUGAUCAAUCUAUACUCGCUCCGGCAGGUGUAAACUCGGAGCAGAGUAGAUCGUAUGGAUAUAAUGAUUUCUCGGAAUUCGAACGAACCGAACAUUAUAUUCGAUAUAUAGAACCUAUCGAAUCGGAGUUAGCGGUUCAGGUUGAAUAUGAUAUGGAUGAGCAGGAUCAAGAAUGGCUGGACGCUAUCAACGCAGAGAGAAAGAAAGAACAAAGCGGAGCGAUAUCAUAUGAGGUGUUUGAGAUUUUGAUGGACAAGUUGGAAAAGGAAUGGUUCAACUUGUCCAAACGAAUACCCCAGCCAGUACAACACCUCGCUGCGGAGGAUUCCAAAUGUGCUGUAUGUGAUGAUGGUGAAGGUGAAAAUUCAAAUGCGAUAGUAUUUUGUGAUGGGUGUAAUCUCGCUGUACAUCAAGACUGUUAUGGUGUUCCUUACAUACCUGAAGGUCAAUGGUUGUGUAGGAAAUGUACCGUUUCACCUGAGAAUCCUGUGUCCUGUAUUUUCUGUCCAAAUGAAGGAGGAGCAUUUAAGCAAACCACUUCAGGUCAUUGGUCACAUCUGCUUUGUGCGAUUUGGAUACCCGAAACUGGGCUGGGAAAUGCGAUAUAUAUGGAACCCGUAGAAGGCGUAGAGAGUGUGCCGAAGAGCAGAUGGAAGCUUGUCUGCUCGCUAUGUCGAGAAAAGACGGGAGCUUGUAUACAAUGUGAUAAUAGGAAUUGCUUCACCGCUUUCCACGUAACAUGCGCUCGACAGGCGGGAUUACUUUCCAGUAUGAAGUCGUUCAGUCAGGAUGGGUUGUUGAAGGCUUAUUGCCAUAAACAUUUACCGGCUGAAGAGAGGGAAGAAAUAUCCGAUACUGCCUCAGACUUCUCUUCAUUCUCCGAAACGAUACCCAAACAAACCACAAAAACCAAAAAGAAAGCUCGUCGGUCUUCGACCGCUAAUGGUCAAGCUGCAGCUGUCGUUCCGACAACUAAGAAAUCCGCUCAAGCACAUUCGAAAUCGUUCCGACCUGGUCCACCUAUCAUACCUAGAUUGAUCUUAGACAAGGUAUUGAAUUACGUUGCGAAAGUCGCCAUAAGGAAGAGACAGCCUUUCGUGGAGAGAAUGUGUAGGUACUGGAGUUUGAAAAGGGAAGCUAGAAGGGGUGCCCCUUUGUUGAAAAGAUUGCAUCUGGAGCCAUGGACUGCAUCAUCUGACUCGCGUCAACAGACCGAGACUGAAAAGGCUCAGAAACUCAAGUUCCUGCAAAUGCUUCGUAACGAUCUUGAAAAAGUCCGAAUGCUCGCCGAGCUGGUCAGAAAGCGAGAGAAAGAGAAGUUACGUCAAGUCCAGUUGAUAAAGGAUGUUGUGGAUGGCUUUAUUUUCCCUUACCAUGGGAGAUUGAGGGUGGCUUUUGAGAAGAUUUCAGCGUUGGACCGGCAAAGUCUCUACCUGCAUCCAGUCAAUCGAGCGGAAGCACCAGACUAUUUCGAGAUCAUCAAGGAACCAAUGUGCUGGUUAUGGAUUGACGAGAAAUUGGAGAAGAACGAAUAUGUCGAUUUAGCUGACUUCAAGACCUAUGCAUCGGAAAAGAAUGCUAUUCUGCCCGUUGGCGACCUAGAGCCCACUUCCACUGUUCUCUCAACUCUCUUACAACAAUGCUCGGGCCCAGAUAAUCCAACUCAAGAUCACCUUGGUUCCAUCUUCUCCUUUGAGCUUGAGAAGCCAAAGGAACCGACUCCUCCUCCUCCGUCCAAGCCAGUAAAAGCGCCUAGGAAAUCGUCAUCUCAUGCUGAACGGAAACAAAAAUGGGAAGAUCGCGAGAAUGCUGCUAAAGAACGGACUCUGGCUGGCUCAAGAUCUACUCGAGCGACCAGGGCCGCAGAAAUCGCGUUCGAUCAGGAAGCAGGCAUACAACCUUCCUCAAGUGCUGAAGGGAGCAAGCAUACCUCGGUCGAGCCCAAGGAGGAGUUGGAUGCUAGGAGUAGAAGAAGAAGUAUGAGAGAGAUCAAUGCAAUUGCUGGACCGUCUACGACUCCUGCUUCAAAUAAGAAAGGGAAAGGUAAAAAUCGUGUGAAGUCGGAAGUAGUGCCCCAGACAGAAGCUACAGCCGGAUUGCGGACAUCGACUUCGGUCUCAUUGACCACUUCAGGCUCGGCCUCACCUACUAAGCCAUCCAGCUCAUUCCCUCGACGACACAGAUCUCAAGUUGGUGUGGUGGGAACGGAAAUUGUACCGAUUCUAACGGACAGAGACAGAAGAGAGCGCGAAAGGGCAAUGGAUAUCAUGAUCGAGGAAGUGGGAGCUCAAGAUCAGUUUACCAGAUUCAAUACUGGAUGGGUAUUACCGGAAGGAAUGAAGAGGAAGAGAACGGAAAGAACCUCUGACUCAUUUCCUAGAGCACCAAGCGCUUCUUCGUCUCGUAAACCACCUAGUACAGCCGCUUCAAAAGCUCGAGCCUCCGCUACACCUCGAACACUACGUCUUUCAUUGAGUCCCAUCAAAUCUCAGCACACUGAACAUGCACCGAUCUCCAGUGGCAGUGGAAGUGAUCUAUCCUCGCCGCCACCUUCAGCUGUACCAACACCUCGAAAGACUACAAGGCAGACUGAACACGGUGAGAAGCGGAAAGCACCUUUGGACGAGGAGACUACAUCACCGAGGCAGUCGAAAAGAGCCAGAAGAACUAGGAGCGCCGGAAAUACAGAUACUCAUGAUGAUGUCGUAGUUGAUGAUGAUGAAGAUAACGAGGAGAUGACACCUAUACCUGAAGAUCUGAGUGAUCAAAAGGAGAUCUCUGAGGAAAUCGAGGAGGUUGAAGAGGUUGAGCAGGUCGAACAACCGAAGGAAGAAGAUGAUAAGCCGAGUCCUAGCAAAGCGAAAAAUAACAGUAAAAGCAAAGUGAAGGUCAUGUCUGUCUCACCUACCAAGACUAAACAGGAAUUGCAAAAGGAUGCAGCUCAGUAUGAACCUGGUGUACUUGUCCACACAUAUCCAUACUUCCCAGCUAUGGUGGUCGACCUGAACGAACCUGAGGGAAUACCUUCCGACGUACUUUCCAUCGAAGCUAGAGAAAGGGCAGCAGCCAAAGCAGCUGUUGGAUCUUUGGGUACUGACGAAGCACUUGAUGCUUUGUAUCUAUCUGGUAAAACACGGAAUAAAACCAAUAAGUAUAAGCCUCAUGCGAUUAAGAUGGUCAAGAAAGGAUAUAGGGACGCUUUGGCAACUCUGCAGACUGAAGAAGAGGAUGAGGCAGAGGAAGUAUGA